AUGAGACAAAUAAACUGGGAAAUGGAAAAUUCAAAUGCACUUUCAAAUAAAAUGGAGGAAAAAAGGGAAUUUUCAAAUUUAAAUGAAAGUAUUUCAGAAAUAGACAACAAUUCAAUUUCAAAUUUAAAAUUAAUAAGUCCUGAAAAUAAAAAAUAUAUUAUAAGCAAUUAUAUGGAUAAAAUAAAAUAUAUUACAUCAACUAAUAGCAAACCAAAUUAUUAUGAAAUCCUUAAUGUUAGUAUAAAAAGUGAUUAUAAAACUAUCAGAAGAAGCUACUUAUAUUUAUCAAAACUUUUAGAAGUCAAUAAAAAACUACCUAGUGAAUAUGAAGAAUGUUAUUGCUUAAUACAAAAAUCGUAUAAAAUUUUAACAGAUAAAUUUGAAAGGUUUUACUAUGAUGCUUUAAAUAAUUAUAUUGAUGAAAUACAGAUAGAAGAUCAAAGAAAAGUUCUUGAAAAAGAAGCAGAUUUAAUUUAUGCUAAUAAAAUUGAAGAAUUAAAGGACAUAUACAACAAAAAAUUAAAAGAAGAAAAUUUAAAAAACGGAUUAAUAAUAGAAAAAGCUAUAUUUGGAAAUUUAACUUUAAAAAAAAAAUGCAUAAAUAAUUGUUUAAAUAUACAACCAAUAACUGAAGAGCAUGUAAAAGGCCCAUUUUUAGAUUAUACAAUUAUUUUACAAUCGAAAGUUGAAAAUAGCUCAUUACUAUUUAAUGAUGAUUAUUCAUUCGCAUAUUUUUGUGAUAUUCCCAAACCUUUGAUAAAAAUUCCAAGUAAAAAAAUGAAAAAAAAAAAGAAAAAAGAACAAAGUAAUUAUGAAGCUAAUAAAUCUUUUGCGGAUAUAUUAGAAGAUACAGAAAUGUAUUUAUAUAUAAAAUAUAAAUUUUUAAAUAUAUAUCAUGAAUUAAUAGUUGUUGAUAGAUCAAAUUUUACAAUACCUCAAAGUUCUCACCGAAUUUUUGGUAAUCUUAUAUUAGGUCCAUUUUCACCUGUUAAUGUUAUAAAAAUGAAGCAUAUAUCUAAUUCCUAUACUGAUCGUAUUUUUCAUUUUUUUGCAAAGAAUAAGUUAUAUAUAACUUUAUUUACGACGAUUAUGUUAUGCGUUCAGUCAAUGAAAUCAAUGUGUGCAUAA